AUGCAACAAAGCAUUAUUGAGCAGAGUUCUCUUGAGCGCAUUGCUGAGUCUUUGAAAAGAGCCCAGCUCACAGAGUACUCUGAUCAGCUCAGUAAGCGAGUAAUCAAUACUGGUGGCAAGUUCAAAGGAAAAAACAAAGCACAAAAAUACAAUCUGUUGCUUCAGAUUCUUUACGAGCAGGACUGGAAGGCGCGCUGCAAAGAAGUUCCACAAGGGCAGCCUUUGCCUCCAUUAGUCCCUCUUUCAGACCAUGAUUUGACAGUAAAAAGACUGCAUCUCAAAACAUUAGGCCGUAUGAGGUUGGCAAAGAAUAGUGAAUUGCACAUCCACCAAUGUAAAAGAAUGUGGUGUGCAAGAAGCCUUCUUUGGGAAAGCUUCAAGAGCAACAAUCAGAUGCACAAGACAAGAACAGCAGAGAAGAACAAAACACAGCAAGACAUAAGUGAUUCUUCGCUUUCUUCUCCUGAUAUGUCAGAAACUGGUGAUGUUGAGUCGCCCAUAAUGGCAGAUGUGCUGUCUCCUCCACCCACAGCAAGUGUUGAGCCUGCUCGCAAAAGAAGUCGAAGAUUCCAUUCUAUUAUAUUAAAUGCUUAUUUUACUGAACAAGUAAGCAUAUUAUAUAAAGAAAUUGACCAUUCUGUUAAAGCUGCAAAGGAAAAACAAGAGGUUGUGCUAGAAUUGAAAGCAAUAGAACAAAAGAAAGAAUCUCUUAUUACUAUUAGACUUGACAUAUACAGUCAAAGCUCGAUUUACAAUAUUGCAGAUUUGCUCUAUGUGACUGCAAAUAAAAGUGCUGAAAAAAUAUUACUAAAUCGCGAUUAUUACUAA